AUGUCCAUCGACACCAAGCCUGUCCCGCCACCGCAGCAGCAUCAUCAUCCCAACGACCACCACCUUCUGGAGGAGGACGACGACUCUAUCAGCUCGUCCCCCAUGGGGGACGGCGAUGACAUGGCUCAUGCGCCCCCAGGCAGUCAUCCCCCUUCCGCUGGGGCUGCCAACAACGCCACCUCUCAGGACGGCCAGCAGCCCAAGCGGAAAGGUGGUCGCAAGCCUAUCUACGCCACAUCGGAGGAACGCAAGCAGAGGAACAGGCAGGCUCAGGCGGCCUUCCGAGAACGUCGAACCGAGUACAUCAAGCAGCUGGAGGAGACCAUUCGAGUCCACGAGACCAACCUCCACAGUCUGCAGACGGCCCACCGUAAUGCGGCGGACGAGUGCCUGAUGCUACGCUACAAGAACUCACUCCUCGAGCGUAUCCUGCUCGAGAAGGGCAUUGACGUCCAGUCCGAGCUGAACGCAAAGACUGGUGGCUCAGAUCUUGGGGCUACUCACAUGCCCCAGAACCUGGUCCAGCCGCCUCCAAUUCAGAGGGCGCUGAUCAACCGCCACCACCAUUCACGGCGCUCGAACUCGGGUAUUGCACCGAAGAGUGACCCUGCCCAUGGCAUCGGGCAAGGACACAUUACCUCUGCCUCGCCCAAAACGCGACCAACCCCGUCCUCACACUCCAAUUCUCCCACCAACCCGGUAUCUGGCUUCUCUCCAGCCGCCUCCGACAAUCUCUCGGUAAGGGGAGCGGCCCCUGGACUGCCACGGCCACAUAUCCAUGGGAUGCCUGUUUCUCAGCCGCAACAGCAUCAUCAGCCGCAGCAAACCCACCGUUCCCAGCCGCCACCACGACGGCCAGCUAUGCGCCAGACGCCAUCGGUAGGGAACGGUGCAGCAUAUUAUCCUACGCCAGGGUUCCAGACCCACUUGGAGCAGCUGGAACAAGAGUACGAUGCACCACCAGACGUGGCCGAGGAGUCUGACAUUGAGACACCGAGCGGCCCUGGUCCCUAUGCGGCAGGCAACUUUGCCAACGAAGGUCCCCAGUUGCUGUCCCCUGCGUCGAAUGGUCCAGGACACGUUCCACACCAGCACCACGAGCACCAACCGUCCUCGAUGAACGGCGGCCAGACCUACCCAUCCAUGACCUCGCUGCUCGAUCAUCAGAACAUGGACUGGGAUCCCUUCGGCCUGAGUGCCAGCAUGGCGUUCCCUUCACAAUCGUACCAGGUGGAUCCCAGCGUUCGCUGA